CAAUGAAGUGUGAAAAGUGCCAAAUUGAUAAACUUUCUGAAGAAUUUCCAUUUGGUACAAUUAGUUCAAAAUGUGAACAUAUUACAUCUUGGUGUUUAAAGUGUCUUGCAAUAUAUCUGAAAGAAACACAGCAUCAAUGUCCCAUAUGCAAAGCUGAAUUAACUGAACAAGAAUUUGAUGAUUACUGCUUGCUUUGGGAUAAUGCAAGCUUUAAAAUUGAUUUUGAAAGCUUCUCACAAAUACGUACUGAAUUUUCUGAACAAAAUAAUUCAAAUUCUGGAAUGUUUUAUGUUGUCCGAUUAAAUGGUGAAAAGUUUGAAUUAAAAAUAUCAGAAAUCAAUACAGUUAGAGAGUUAAAAUAUAGAUUGAUGAAGUAUACAAAGAUAGAUAUUAGUAGACAGAUGCUAAUAUAUAAAGAUGUAGAACUCGAAGACGGCGUGGCUAAUACACUUACAAGUUAUGGAAUUCGCGAAAAUAGCCAUAUUCAACUCAUUGUCAUACUUUAUUCUAUUUCGAAAAAGGAAGCUGUAAAAAACCUAGUAUUUGAUCUAUAUUGGGGUUACAAUUCAAAAAUGGACUUUCUCGAUGGCACUUGUUUGAUAUAUAAAGGCAAUAAUUUAUGGAAAAAGUACGAUUAUAAAAAUAAGGUUUAUUCUGAAGUAUCAUAUAUCUCGCAUUCCGGAGAUAUCAUGGAUAGUAAAAAUGCUACAGGGCACCAUAAAAUUACGGUAAAACUCGAUCAACUUCCUGCUAAGGUUACACAACUUUAUUUAAUCUUAAGUUCAUUUGUAUCACCAACAAUUGGCCAUUUUCGAGACCCAAGCUUUAAAUUAUAUGAUGAAGCGAGACCUGAUAAGCAGCUAUGUAAUUACAAUAUACAUAGGGCUGACAAGUCACAAGCUGUUAUAAUGUGCCUUAUUAAUCGGUCAUAUUAUGGUAAGUGGAAUGUAAUUGAAGUAGGUAGACUAUCACAAGGAAACGCCUUGAACUACGGCCCAAUAAUGGAAAAUAUCAAGGAUAUUAAUAAGCUGGAAUGA